CAAUUUGAUAAAUGUAUUGUUUGAAAUUGAAGUGAUUGACCUAAUAUUCUUUGGGAUUAGCCCUUGUAGUAGUGGAAUAUUAGGUGUAUCUGUACCAUUAGUGAAGAAAAUUUGUGCUAAUGCUGCUGGAUCUGGCAG